AUGCAGUCUGAUCGGUCGCAUCCUCAACCCGGAGUUUCAAAUGUUGCGAAUCUCAUCCUGGAUAUGCCGAGAAAGUGGCAGAAAGUUAAUCGAGUUACAGGAAUUGCUCUUACCAAAGAGCGUUUCCAGUUCAUCUUCUUGCAUGCACACGAUCUUCAAGAUGUCCUUGACAAAGGCAUGCAAACUUUCAACGACUGGGGAUUGGCAAUAGAAAGAUGGGUCGAGAAGCCUCCACCGGGAUAUCUUCAGUAUGUCUCGAUCUGGGUCAAAAUUAGCAACAUCCCUGUAAACCAUUACACUAAACCGGCUAUUACAGAUCUUGGAGGUCUGAUCGGGCAUGUCGAGCUUGUAGCGUUUGACCCUGAAAAAUCUCAAAGACAAGACUAUGUUCGAGUAAAGAUAAGGAUCGAAGUUACCAAACCUCUCAAGAAAUCAAGAGUUCUAAACCUCUCGGGUGGUGAUCAAACUACAAUCUAUUUUUUCUAUGAAAAAGUACAGAAGAGAUGUACUUACUUCCAAAUACUCACGCAUGCAAAAGAGAGAUGUCCUCUUCUGGUCAAUCUUCACAACAGACAAGUAACGCAGAUUAGCAGUAACCAUCUUUCUCAAUCUUCAAAAAGUGAUCCGAUAUUGUCUGAAGGAGAUCCUCUGUUUGGAGUUUUACAAGAAGAUCAAGUAGGUAUCAAUCCUAUCUCUGGAUGUCCCCGCAUUGCUCCAGAGAUCUUACAAAAAAUGCGCAACUAUCUGUUAGCCUCAAGCAAUGAAGAAAAACAUGUCAGAGAACAUAGAGUGAUAUUCUCUGUCAAGGAAGCAGAAAAAGAUCCUAUCUCUCAAAAGGCGAUGCUCCAGCUUACUCCUCCACUGCUGUUUACUACAAAUUUAAAAAAAGGAAAAGGAGUGGUCUUUAACUUUGAUAAAGCAUCUGUUUCAUCUCAAGUCUCUACCCUCAACCCCCAAGCUCCAAAGCUUAUAGCAUCAGCGAUCUCUGCAGGUCAUACACUGGUUAACUCCAUGACCAAUGUAUUUUGUAGACUCUCUUUGCCGACCUGUCAAGCUUCUUCUAGUCAGAUAUCAGAGCUAUCACCAGUCAUGUUCUCAAGCCCCUCUCAGAUUAAAAAAAAAACCAAGAGAAAGCCGGGGAGAUACAAGAGAAUCCCAAAGGACCAGAAGAAAGCGUCAAAGGCCUCAGUGAAGCAACCUCAAACUCUUAUUGAAGGGGGCUCCAACAAGAAGCGCAAGGCAGGAAAUGACUUAGACGACGAUUUCUCAUCAGCAAAGAAGAAAAUGCAUUUGGCAGAUGUAUCCAAAGCCGCUCCGAGCAAUGCAUCAUUGAUGGUCCCGCAUGAGGGACCGUCCAAAGCUUAA